UUUUAUUAUUAACUGUCUUAAUAAGCAACACAAUAUGUCUAUUUCGGAUGAUGCUGUCCUUGAGCUUAUAUUUAAUCCAGAUGUCCAAGGACUUCCUUUGGAUUCAAUCAAUCAAUCAAUAACCAACACUUCAGUAUGUACCCUAAGCCCUGGGCGACUUGAAGAAUUAAAGCACCUCGAAAAGGAUGCAAUCAAAUUAGCCGAGAAAAAUGAAACAGGUGGUGCACUUGAAUUACUGAAUCGGUGUAUUGAGAUGGAACCAACCUAUGGGUCGGCUUAUAAUAACAGGGCACAAUUAUACCGUAUGGUUCACAAAAACGAUGAGGCUCUACAUGAUCUCAACAAAGUAAUUUCACUGGCAGAAGGACAGCCUAAGAUACUGAAACAGGCUUACACGCAGCGCGCUAUUAUUAAACGUCAGAAUGGAGAUAUCUUGGGAUCAAAGGAGGAUUUUGCGAUAGGAGCAAAGUAUGGAAACUCAGUUGCUCGCAACAUCACGAUUCAGGAUAACCCAUAUGCCAAGAUGUGCAACCAAGUUAUGCUCCAAGUAAUGAGCCAGGAACUUAAUAUUGGCUCAACCGAAAAUAAAAAUCAUCCAUAAUUCAAAUAU